CUGAAACUUUGGCUUGUCGUUGUUCUCCUUCAGGUGACAUGUUUCAGCAUUCAGAAGACUAUUGAAAGUUUUGGGGUCAUGUUACCUGAAAACAUUCCAUUGUUAAGCUUAUGAUCAAACACGAUGUUCAAGAAACUCAGACAGAAAAUUGGAGAUGACACCCAUCAUCCACAAGACAAUCAGGGUGAUGCAUUUCUCAAUAAAAAGCUAGAUACCUCAGAUGCACACAUUCCUCCUCACUCAACACCUGCCUCUAAAGAAUCUUCUAGUCUUUCAAGUGAUCUUUACUAUACUCCACCAACUGGGAGAAUUUCUCGGGCAUCCUCUGUCAGUUCUAUGACCAGUGAUGCUUCACACAUCUUUGCUUCCCAUCACUUCCCAUCUGACUGGGAGACUGAAGGAGAUGAAAAUGAAGCUUCCUUUCGGCUAGAGAAGGUGUCCAAAGAUCAGAUUUAUCAAGCUUAUCAGAGCCUGCGCCUCAGGUACCACAAAUACAAGGGUCGUUAUAUGGACUUAAGGAAAUCCAUGGGGCUUGCUGAAAAAGAAAUGGAACGGCUCAAGUACGGAGAAGAACCUUUGAGGAGAAAAAUGAAGGAGCUAGAGGAGCAAUGCUGCCUUGAACAAGCAGCAAAAGCUCACAUGGAGGAGAGCUUGAGGGCAGACCUGGAGGAAAAGGAUCAUGUCAUCUCUGUCCUCAAUACUAAGAUAGAACUUCUUAAGAAAGGAGGUAAGGAGGCAAAUGAUGAACUGGAGGUUGGAAAGGAUAUGGCUGAUUCUGGCUCUAUGACCAGUGAACUUACAGCACUCAAAGAAAAAAAUUCCAAACUGGAAGAAUUGCUCCAGAAAUCAAAGGCUGUCCUCAAAUCCAAUCGAGAGAAACAGCUUCAGUUGAGUCAUGAGAAUAAGUCCCUUCUUCAGACCCUACAAGAAAAAGAAACCAUUAUCACCCAUAUGCAACUCAUCAAGUUAAGGAUCGUCCCUUCUCGAGUGCUUUUGUACCACCAGACAAUGGAGUCAGAUCUUGCACGUGUUGCAUUUGCUGAAUUUUCGGAUGAACUAAGAGCCAUCAUCAGACCAGACAAUGCAUUCAUUUUCAUGUUGGACAAUGCUCAAGUGCACAAAAGGAUCAUUCCUCAAUACCCAACCCACUCCAUUCAUUUUGUCCCCCCCUCCCUCCUUCCCUACAGUCCUUGGUUAAAUCCCAUUGACGUCACGUUCUCACCCUUCGAAGCAGAAGUGAAGAAAUGGAUUGGUGCGUUGCAGGCCCCAGUGGCUAUCCCAGAGGAACACGAUGUGAUCAAGAAAAACCUGGAGGGAGAGGUGAAGGCACUCAAUGAUGAAUUAAAUGCCAUUAAAGACCAAGAGGACUCAGCCAACUUGGAGAUGGCUCAGACCAAGCAGCAGCUUCACCUUGAACUUCAAGAGAGAGAAGUGCAAGUUCUCUCACUCAAGGAGAAAUUGAAAGAAGCUCUCAGCAGCCUAGAGGAAGAGAAGAAAUCCAAAGAGAUUGCAGAAAAGGCUCUAGAAGAAGAAAGAGAAAACCUCAUGCAUGAACUGUCUCGAGGAAAGGCAGCUGCAGUGCAGUUGAUCAAAGAGCAAGGAGUACAGGAGCUCAAAAGACUUGAGGAAACACACACUCAAGAGAGAGAAAAAUGGAAGAAAGAACUCGACGCCAAGAUUGCUGAGGCAUUGAAGAACAAGGAAGCAGAGAAAUCCAGAGCAUUGAAGGAGCUGAGAGAGCAACAUAGUCUGCAGAUGGAGGAACAAGAACUGCAGCAGUCUUCUGCCCUUGUUGAGAUGCAAGGGAAGCUCACCAGCAUGGAGACUCUUGUGGAGAGUUUGAGGCAACGUGAGAUGGGACUGCAGAGAACAAUAGGGAAUCUAGAGGAAGAGCUGAGGAGCAAAGUGAGUCGAUUCCAGGAACAGUUGAAGGAUGUGGAAGCAGAACAUUCUGUCACCCUAGAGCGAAUCAAGGCAGAUCAUGAGAUCCAGCUAGCACAAGAGAUUCAACGCAUCCAUGACUGCAUGACUGCUAAGCUUCAGGAACUCCAAGCACAGAGGGAGGCUUUCCAGUCAAAGAUGGGGUCUCUAGGGAUGGAGAAGUCAUCAUUGGAGGAUCGCAUGAAGAAGAUUGAGAUGGAAAGAGAUGAAUUGGCUCGUGUUAAUGAUGUCCUCAAACAAAGCAUUGAAGAUGGCAUUGGCUUCCGAGAAGAGUUGCAACAAAAGACUCUUGAAUUGGAAAAGCUUCAGACAAGGCUCAUUGAAGUGAACAAGGAAAGGGAAGAAUUACUCACUGCAAAAGAGCAGGCAGUUCUCCAGCUUAAAGAUGAGAUGAACAAACUGGAAUCCUUGACUGAGGAAAUGAAGAGGAAGCAAGAUGAAAUGCAUGAGCUUCAAGGUUCCCUGUCACAUUUGGAAAAACUUUUGAGCACCAAGAUGGAAGAGAUCCAAAGGCAACAGGAGGAAGGUGCACAAUUGCAAGAUACCAUCAGAAGUCUUGAGAGAGAGAAAGAAGAGCUGAAAGGCAAUGCUGCAUCAACAGAAGAAUUGGAAGCAUGUCUUCAUGAGAAGAUGAAGCAGUCUCUGGAAAUGGAGGCUUUGCAACGGGUUUGUGAGGAUCUUCAACAACAACUUGAGGACAAAGACGCUCAGAUUCAAAAAUUGCAAUCUGAGAUGUCCUUGAAGGAGGAAGAGAUGAAGAGGAUGCAAGUAAGGAUUGAGGAAUUCUCACAAACAGUGCAGGAAAAAGAUGAAUGCAUCCGGAACCUUCAGGUCACAAGUGUCUCGUUGAAUGCUCAAGUCUCUCAGCUCCAGGUUCAGGUGGAGGAAAAAUCCCGUAAGAUUAUCUUGUUUGCAAGGGAGUUUGAGACUGUUCAAUCCACUCUUGGUGAUCUGCAGACAGAACUAAGGGAAAAAUCUUUGGAUAUCCACCAAUCAGCAGAUGACCUCAAUCAACUGGCAGCAAAGAAUGAAGUAUUGAGAAUGGAAGUAGAGGAAUUAGAAGCUGAAAGGAAGGCCUGGGUUGAUGAGAAGGAGAUAUUGAGUCGAAGCUGUUCUGAACUUCAGGAUGAACUCCAAUCUCAGAUGGUUGAGUACAAGUGUUUGAGGUCAGAGAGAGAUAACUUAUCCUCUCAUUUGAAGGCCAGAGAUGAAGAACUGACCAAUCUUCAAGACCUCUAUGGGCAAAUUAUGCAAGAGAAAAUUAACCUUGAGGAGCGUCUAGGAUGCAUGGACUCAGAAUUACUUGCUGCUAUCCAAUCAUCCCAGAACCAUAAUUCCCAAACUGAGAGCUUAAGAUCAGAAUUAGUUGCUCUGGAAGAGUCCAAAAAGAAAUUGGAGAAAGAAUUGGAUGAAAAGGGUGUCCUCCUGUUGAAGACACUUUCUGAACAUGAAGAAUUAAAGGGAUACUUCCAGGAUGUGGAAACUGACAUUGCCACAUGGAAGUCUUGUGUGGAUCAGAUUCGUCAAGAGAAAGAGGAGCUUCAGGCCCAGUUACGUGAGUCUCAACUGAGACUGGAAACAGCUGAAGAGAAAGUGAGGGCAUUUAUUGAGUUGCAGGGGAAGCUGGCUACUGUAGAGAAUAUUGAGAAACAACUCCAGGCAGAAGUUCAUAGGCUUGAAGAACUCUCUGAGUCUCAGAAUGCCAAGAAUCUAGAACUUGAAGCUGUAGUCAAUGCUCUCAAGGUGGAAAUGGAAACCAAAGAUGGAAAUAUGAAAAGUUUUGAAGAGAAGAAGAAAGAGUUGCUAUCACUCAGAGAGGAAUGUAAGCAGUUGCGGGAAACCCUAGAAGCCCAGGACACAAGGGAAGUGGAGGGGCGCAUUUAUACACUCGAGGAAGAAAAGAAAUCCUAUCUCCUUGAGUUGGAUAGUCUCAACAGUUCUCUGAUUGAAGUCUCAUGUCGUUUAAGAGACUUGGAAAGGGAGAAGCAAGAUCUCAAGACUCAAAUUCAGGGGCUGGAAAAAGAGAAGGAGAAGCUGAUGGAGAGACAUGAGAAAGAGCUGCUUGACAAAAUGGAGGAGAUCUCUCAAUUUAAGAGAGAAGUUGGGGAGUGGAAGAAGAAGAGUCAGGAUAUGGAAGAGCAGGUAAGGAAAAUGAGAGAGGAGGGGAAGAGGGAGAUGAUAGAACAUGAUCAGCGGUGGUGCACUGUUGUUGAAGAGAAGGAUGCUGAGCUUAAAGCCAUCCUCUCCAUGCUCAAAAAACAAACUGAUGAACUAGACAACCUCCGUUCCCAAGGAGGUGACUCCUCAGAGAAGCUCCAGUGUCAAUUAGGUUCUCUAGAGGAGAAAUUGAAAGUAGCUACAAAGGAGAGAGAGUCCUUGCGAGAGGAGCUAGCAUUAGCUGCUGUUGAGAAGGAGUCGGUUCGACUGGAGUGCUCUGAGGUGGAGAAGAAAAUGAUGUCACUCCAGGAAAAAUGGGAGAGAAAGUCUGAGGAUUUCACCUUCCUCCAGGCUGAACUUACACGCAUGAUUGCUGAGUAUGAUGCUCUGUGGGCAAAUCUCAGUGCAACCCGUGAUGAAUUAGAUCAGUUCAAGGCAAAUGCUCAUUCUCAUGAUGCUUCUGUAGAAGAUCAUGUGAAGGAGCUGCAAACCCAGCUGCUAGGUAAGGAAUCUUCUUUGGAUGCCACCCGACAAGAGCUGAAUGAGCUACAUGAUGUAAGAUCUAAGUUACUUGUAGAUUUAGAAAUUGCCCAUGGUAGAGAAGAGAUGCUGCGACUGGAGGCUAUUCGCAAGGAAACAGAACUGUCCCAGUCUUUGGAUCAUCUAGCUCUGGAAUGUGCCCGGAGAUUAGAAGAGGCAAAUCGAGCUAAAGAUGAAGUGCUUCGCUUGACAUCUGUAUUGGAGACCUUGAAGGAAGACGUAGCCCACAGCAAGGCCCAGUGGGAUACAGCUGGGUCCCAUGUUGUUGAAUGGGAAGAAAGAUGUGCUGCCAAGGAAAGGGAAGUAUUGGAGCUUAAGGCAGAUCUCCAUAGUGCCAGCAGUGAAAGGGAAGCAUUAAUAUUGAGGGUCAUCUCAAUGACAACAGAAUGCAACACAAGAAAUGAAGAGCUGGAAUGUGCUCGGCAUAUGCUUGUAGACACACAAGCAGAGAUUAGCCACACCAAACAAGAAUUGGAAAGGCUCAAGGAGCAGCUGGAAGCAGAUCGAGGGGAGUUGCGAGAUAUUCAGAUGAAACGGGAUUCCCUCAAGCAGGAAUUAAUGCUUCAUGUGGAAGCCUUGGGAUCAGCUAGAGAGGAGAUUGAUAGACUGAGUUCUGAGGUGAAGCGACUCGGUGAGGAAAAGGAAUGUUUGAUGAUGCGUGUUAUUCAGAAGGACGGCCAUAUAAAGAGUUUACAGGAUGAAGUGCUAAGCAUUAAGGAGCAAGUGGGCACUCAAGAAAUAAAGAUACAGAGUUGGUGUGAGAAGGCAGGGGAAUAUGAACGGGAAAAUGAAGGCCUCAAGGCAAGACUGGAAGAGAUGAAGGCUGAGGCAGAGAAAUGUAGCCAAAAGACUACCCAAUGGGAAAGAGAGAGGAAAGAUUUGGAAAGACAGCAUGAAGAUGCAUUGAACAAGGCUCAGAAAACUAUCCAAGCCCUCAAGGAGGACAUUGAGAAUCACAAAAAGGAAUUUGAGACCUAUCGAAAAGAAUAUGAAGAGAUUUUGAAAGAGUCAGAGACAAAGUUUGACACAACACUCAAGGCCCUUCAGGAUGAGAUUGAGCGCAGGCAGCACCUUCAGGACACAGUAAGGAUCCUCAAUGAAGAUCUGCGACAAAAGGAGAAGGAAUGGAGGGCACAGCAAGAUCAGAUGGUUGUGGAGUAUGAAAGCAAACUCCUUGAGGAGCGAGAGGAAAGUAAAUACCGAGAAAGGAACCUAGAGAAGCAGUUAUCUGGUCAGGUGUCAGUCUUGGAAAAUGAGAAAGCUAUGUUGACAUCGGAACUGGAAAGUCUCCACUCCCGCAUGGAAGACAUGCGACAAGAACAUGAACUUCAAUUGGCUGCCGUUCAUGAUGGGAUGUGUGAUCAAAAGCAGAAAUUGAGUCAACGCUUCCAGGAGGAAUUCAGUGAACACCUACGUCUUGAGAAACUUGAGUUGGAGCAAGAUUGGAGCAAGAAAUUUGAGGAAGCCAAUGAGGAAUGGGCUUCACGAUUGGCUGAUGAACAUGAGAGGGUCCUCAGAGAAGAACAUGAAUUGGAAUCCUCUAAUGAGAUUCGUCGACUGAGGUCCCAGAUUGAAGAAUUGGAAGCAAUAAUUGCUCAGAAUGCAGUACUACGGAAUGAUAGCGAGGAAAAGGAUUUCAUUUAUCAGAAGCGAAUCUCUGAGAUGGGUAAACGAGUGCAGGAGUCAGAGAAUGAGCGAGGACGCUUGAGGCAGCGCAUUGAUCUCCUCAAUGUCCAACAUUCCCAGGAGAUCCAAGAAUAUGUGAGGACCAUUCAGGAUAGCCUGGAGCGAGAUCUCGGGAAAGAGGAUCUAUUUGAACAAAUGCGGAAGCUUCAUGCAAAGGAAGUGCAAGAACUAGAAGCUCGGCUCCAUGCACUUCAGGCAGAUAGUCAAGGAGAUGGGAAGAAGAGGGUCAUAGAAGAGGAAAAGAGGAAUGAACUGGAGGAUCUUAAAGAAAGGAUGGAGGAUAUGAAUUCAGAGUUGAUUGCUCUGAGGGAAGAUAAGGCAAUGCUCACUGUUCAGUUGGAAACUAUGGCAACAUCCAACUCACACCAGAAGUCAAUGGAUGAAGACAAGCAGAAUCUGAAGGAAAUUGAAGAAUUUUAUCAGAUGCGAAUUAACAACCUCACUGCACAAAUUGAGAAACUUUCUGCCGCUCUUCAAGGGAGAGAUGCAACCGACACAGAUGGGAUAGCUCACCAGACCCGAGAAGAAGACAACAAAACCAGCGUAUUGCUCCAAAAGCAGAUAGAUGAGCUCUAUAAGGAAAAGGAGCUGGAUAUGCAGGCCACAGUAGGUCGUUAUGAGGCUGAAUUGGCAAGAGAACGAUGCCUUCAUGCCAAGGAGAUAGAAAUCCUUCAGAAUCUGCGAGAGAAGGAGAAUGCUGCUCAAAAAACUGAAAUCAAGCAACUCCAGGAAGAAUUUGCUGUCCAAAAAAAGGGUCUAGUGAUGAUGUCUCAUGUAUUGAAACUCAUGGAAGUGGCAUUGAGCAAAAUUCGGAUGUUUCAUGUGCAACAAAGAUCCCAGAGGGAAAUGCUUAAGCUGAUCAAGAGAUUGAUGGGGCUCAAGGAUGGCACCAACCUUUGUGUCAGCCUUGUGUCAUCUCUCCAGAUGGAGCUGGAAUUAAGUAGUAGCACAGCAUUGGCAGCAGUGGAGAGUGGAACAACAAGUCUUGAAGCACUGAGACAACAGCUGGUUCUCAAGCAGCAUGAGAUGGGACUUCUCAAAAAGCAACACAAGUAGGUGCCCUUUCAUUCCAGAUGAAGCUUAUUUUGAAGAUUUUCCACAUCUUUGAUACUCGAGAGCAGGAAAGCCAUG